AUGGAGAACUUCGAGAACGAGCCUACUAUCGCGGCUACGCAGAACCCUGCCGAGCAGGACCCCGCUGCCGCCGCCGCCGCCGCUGGCCCUGUUGACGAGCCCGUCAACAGCAUUGAGGAGGCUAUUGAGAAGGUGCUGCACGCUGCCAUCGCUGUGGGCGGCAUCAAGAUUGGCUGCUCUCAGGUCAUCAAGGCCAUCGAAGCGGAAGUCGCCUACUACGUCUUCCUUGCCCAAGACGUGGAGGAACCCGCCAUCGGCCAGACAGUCCGUCUCUGGGCGGAGCAGAAGAAGGUCCCUGUGAUCGAGGUGCCUGAGGCCAAGGAACUCGGCAAGUGGGCCGGUCUCUACAAACUUGACCGCGACGGUGAGUACCGCAACAUCCGCAGCGCCUCCUGCGUUGCCCUCACACAGGCCCCCAAGUCUCAAGCCCUUUCCUUCAUCGAGAAGCACGUCAAGGGCGGCAACUAA